AUGACCUGGGGACAAACUCUAUCUGUGCAAGAGCCACUCUUUGCACCAACUCCUCUCCAUUUCAAGAAAUCCCGACAGGACAGUCUCAACUCAGAUUUUUCGUACCCAGUUUCAUUAUCCCCUUCGUCGUCAACAUCGUCCAUUUCUGAAGAUUUCCUCCCUAUUGAUAAAGACAUGUUGAAUCUGAUCCCAGAUCUGUGGUCUGGUGAGACAGACGAUCCUUUAGUCUCCACGCAGAAGACACAGAAUCCGCCCCAGUUAUGCACCGCCACCUCUACGUGGCAACAGAGACCCUCCUCGUGGUACAGCCACACCCCAUCACAGACACAGCUUGCAUCUUUUAAUACGACCCCGUUAACCGAAGAAAACUUAUUUCUGCUCUCAGACUCUACUAUUCGACAGCCACAGGUGGUGCAUGUUGAGCAGAAAGAGUUGGAACGAGGACCACAACAACCGCUUUCAAACACACAGUCUCACUCCCACACCUCACAAACAAAAUCAGUGGAUUCUAAUCCCACUCUGAAUACAGGGCUCUACAAGACAGAACUUUGCGACCAGUUUAAUCAAAAGGGCCACUGUCCAUAUGGGACAAAGUGUCAAUUUGCUCACGGGACUCACGAACUGAAGUCCGUGAAGAGACCUUCCAACUGGAAGACGAAACCUUGUGCCAACUGGACCAAGUUCGGCAAAUGCCGCUACGGUAAAAGAUGCUGCUUCAAACACGGAGAUGAUUAA